CUCGCAACAGAUUGCAGUAUUCAUCAAACUGAUAUUGUAAGUGCGCGCAUAUUCAAGUCGAUUUCUUCUCGUUUAGGACGAAGCUGUGGUGUAUGAGGAAUUUUACAUGGCCAGCAUAUUGCUGAGUUAAAACCAAGAUCGUCUAACUUAAUGAGAAUUAAUGGAAUAUGUGGACGUUACUUCUACCGUGCUUUCUGGCCGCGGCAACAGUUACCCGAGCUGAGCAAUUCGAAACAAGCACUUCAAAACCACCUGGUUCAAGAUCGGAGAUGUUCAUCCGAAUCCAGGACCAGCUUCCACUUCGGAAGACUAAACAACAAGUCUUGGAUGAUCUGUUGAAGAAUUACGACCCAAGAAUACUUCCAAACUUUGAAGAAGAUUUCCCAGUCAGUGUGCUUGUUCAGCUACACAUAACAAACAUUGAUGACAUUAGCGAAUCCAAUAUGGAGUUUUCCAUCGGAACAUUUCUCCGGCAGACGUGGAACGAUUCAAGGCUUUCUUACAAUGCAUUGCCCAAUCUGAAGGCAUUAGAACUUGACACGAGGAUGAUGGAGAAAGUCUGGGUUCCGGAUCUCUUCAUUGUAAAUGAGAAGAAGGCCUCGGUCCAUAUGGUCACUGUACCCAACAAGCUUAUGCACGUUUACCCGAGCGGCAAGGUCCACUACAGUGUCAGAAUUACAGCUACUUUGAAAUGCAGCAUGAAUUUAAGGAAAUACCCGUUAGACCACCAGUUUUGUAACAUUAUGAUGGAAAGCUACGGGUACACCACAGAUAACCUUGUAUUUGAGUGGAACCCGAUUCCUCUAGAGAUAGACAGGAGCCUUUCCCUGGCACAGUUUGAUAUCGGGGAAAUAGAAACUCGCAGGUGUGACAAGUCCUAUAUUGGCGAUACUGAUGGUAACACAGUGAACUUCACAUGUAUAAUGAUGCAGUUCGAAUUGAUCCGGAACUUCGGCUAUUAUAUAACGCAGAUUUACAUCCCCUCAAUCCUCAUUGUGAUUCUGUCGUGGGUCUCCUUCUGGCUGGACAUUGACGCCGUACCGGCCCGCAUUUCUCUCGGCCUUCUUACCGUACUCACCAUGACAACACAAAGCGCAGGGGCUCGCUCUUCCCUCCCUAAGGUGUCCUAUAUCAAAGGUAUAGAUGUUUGGAUGGCCGUUUGUAUGUUAUUUGUCUUCAUCGCUUUGAUUGAGUUUGCGUUUGUGAAUGUGAACACAAGAGUAGGCAAGCGACAUCAACAGACAAAGAAAAUGCAAACCAAUCUAGCCAAGGAGGCAGAUGGCGAACAGGAAGAUAAUACUCCAAAUGAAGGUCGAUUAAAUCAUUGGAACGUGUUUGCCUCCAGUCGGAAGAAUGCUCGUAUAAUGGACCGUUUUUCGAGAGUUGCAUUUCCUGUCGCAUUUAUUGUUUUCAAUAUCGUUUAUUGGAGCGUUUACACAUUCUGGCAACCGAGCAAGUCUGACGUAGCUUAAGGCCUAAAAGAACUCGAAUGUGUCAAGUGGUCAAGAUCGACGAUGAAUGAUAAUAACUGAAAACAAUGACAAAGGCGGUGCAAAAAGAAAGAAAAGACGACCAUUGCAAGACAAUAUACGUUGUGCUUAGCUUAAAUUAAAAGUAGCGGUCUAUUAUAUUAUAGAUGGCGUGAGACCACAGUUAUUUUUACUAUAUGUUUCAUAUAGACACUAACCUGGCUUUUGACUUUAUACACAUCCCAAUUGAAAAACAAGGACAUGGUAUCUCUAGAACAAUUCAAGACACAAAAUAUAAUCACAAGAAAACACCAUGUUGACCAUUGACCCGACUGUCAAAAUUGAGUUCAAAUAAAUAACCCUUCCGCCAAGGAGUCAAUCGGCUACAAACAACUAAUUUUCAGACUUCCACAAGCUAUGAUUUUUCCAAUAUUUACACUGAAAACUAUCAAUUUCUGCAAUUGAGUGUCAAAUUCAGUCAAGUUCUCUACAAAAAGAACAUUUUUUGCUUCUUUUUCAUUCAAUUUUAAUAAAAUAUUGAUACUUGAACACAAGCACUCUUUUUUCUGUAUUCACAUCCGGAUCUUGGUCAACGGGAGGCAGAUAACUGUGGUCUUGAGCCAGAUAUAAACAAAGGGCGAUAACCCCAAGUGGAUGAUAUAAACAUUGUUUAUACUUGUCUGCCACUGUUGGAGAAUGUUUAAAUGUUUAAGUGUUUUCUCGCAUAGCAUGGAAAAUAGAAUAGUAGUGUGUUUACAAAGUUGAAUUGGUAUUUGUGUAAAAAUAAAGGACCUUUAAAGGGUUAUAAAAACA